AAGUAUGCUCCUAGAACUAUUUCUUUGAAAUUAUUUAAAUCGAGUCCUCCUUGUAUGAGACUACGAAGAAAAAGGUCGCAUUGUUUACAUACAGGCCAUACUCCAUUAUCUGUAAAAUAGUUAAUGUUAGCAAUUCAAUUUUACUUCAGCCAACGUGUCACUGACAUGAGGGGCGUUGAAAAACAUAUUUUACGACAAUCAAUACGGGUUUUUUGAAUAAAUGGUGUAGCAGAAAAUGCCCUAAUAUCAAUUUGCUACAAUGAAACUGAUACGGCAGAGCAGCACUGAUUCAGGGAGCUCAUCCAGCGAGUCCUCCUCAUCAUCACAGUCAUCGUCAUCAAGCAGUUCAUCUUCUUCAUCAUCAAAUUCCUCUUCUUCUGAUAGUGAACAAUCAUCUGCUGUGUCCACAAGGAGUCGGGCUGCCUCCCACCCUGCUUCUAGUGACCCUGAAACUACCCCCCACAAAACCCUUCCCCCCUCCUCCCCUUCCUCCUCCUCCUCCUCCAGCAAAGGCCGGUGUUCCGACACCCCUUCGGGUCCCCUCAAGACCAGAGCUUCAUCAGAGUCAGAACAAGAAGUAAGCAAACCAGCCAAGAGGAGUGGCUCGAACAAAACCAAGACUCCCACUUCCAAACAACAACUGCUGUCUUCUUCAAACUCUUCUUUGCCAUCUUCUUCCUCCUCGUCUUCCCGUAAGAAUAGCGUUACUGUUCCAUCCACGCAACGGAAAUCAGCCAAAACCGUCGCCACUCCUCUCAAGAAUGCGGGCAGCCGCAAUAAGGCGCCUGUAGCGCCCCCACGUGCGGCGUCCAGCAAAGCUAAGCAGCCACAGCAGCAGCGGGGCAGCACCGGCACUAAAGCUGCGGCGUCCAAAAAGACUCCAGUGAGCACCGCCGCAUCCAAGAAGACGCCAGUUGGGAAGAAGACCAAAGUUCCGACUUCUGAUCGUAAAUUACGGGACUCAAGCACUGAAAAAAGUAGCAGUGAAAGCAAUGAUGAAGAUGAAGAAAGGGUCGAGAAAAGUGACGACAGCGAAAGUCGAGAGCGUCGCUCUGGCAAAAGAACCAACGCUCGAUCGCUCCCGAAAUCCGCAUUUUCGAAGCACUCGUCUUCAUUCCGCAGCGAGAGUAGCAGCAAGUCGUCCAAAGAGCCUCCUUCUGAAACCAAGUCUACUCCUGUCAAAAGCGCCUCCAUCGUCCAGCGUGCGAUGACAUCAAGCGAUAGUGCAGCAAAGCACCGUAAUAAACACAGUAAACCCACACACACCACUAAGUCUGCCCUCGCCCAGGCUGUACAGUCAAAGUCUUCAUCGAAACUCAAGCAAAAGGAGGUGGUGACUCCUUCGAAGGGCAAGAAAGCCAGAGACAAAACCACUACCAAGUCGUCUGAAUCUUCUACCAACUCUUCUUCUGGGUCCUCGGGAAGUGAAAGUGGAGAUUCUUCCAGUGAAUCGUCAGGAGAAUCAUCAAGUCAGCGUCAGAAGUCGUCGCCGUCCAGUGGGCAUCACCAGCGCAAGCCGUCCUCAGAGCGGCGGCUGACGGCACGCAGACCUUUUGAUAAAGACGAAUCUGAGAACAACGAAUCUGAUGAAACUGAGAAAGAGGGAGAAGGAGGGGAAACGGAGACCCCUCGGAAGCACUUAACCCGCUCGUCCAGCGUCAAGUCCAAGCGUAGCAACUUGCUUGGCAUCAGCAAGGGCACUGACUCUGAGUCUGAAAAUAAUGGUGCCAGCAAGAGCGGCCGCCGCAGCGGUGCCCCGCGCAGCAAGCGCCACGACGCCUUGCCGGGAGCGUCGCGUGCGCUGCUCGCCGCCAGCAAGAAGACGCCCAACCGCACGCCCCUGUCUGAUGACAAGAUUGGAAUGAUGUGCGAGCUGACGCCCCCGCGGCCCAUCGAGAAGCGGUCGUGCCCCGUGGACGGCUGCAACUCCCUGGGGCACCUGGGGGGCGCCCACCCUCGCCACUUCACGGUCGAAGCUUGCCCAAUCUUCCACAACACCACGCCUGAAAAAUGCAAGGCUGACCGCGAGGCGUGGCUGCAGGCGGAGGAGGAGCGUCUCAAGGCCCGGGACAUCAUGGCCAAGAAGAGCCCCCGCGUCACCGCCGAGCAGCGGGCCUACUGCAACAAGAUCCGGGAGGAGCGCGCGACGAUGUCGGAGGCGCUGCCGGGGGAGGAGGAAGAGCUUGCCGACAGCGACCGCCAGCCAGCCCUGACGGGACACAGCCCGGCCUGGGACCUGCGCCUCUUCCAAGAGGCCCAGCAGCGCGCCUCUAUUAUUAUUGAGGACGACCUGCGGGGAUUGCCCGACACCAAGGGCAUCAGGUACCUGGAGAUGGGUCACUACGAGAUGGAGGCCUGGUACCAGUCCCAGUAUCCCGACCAGUACAACCACCAGCCUAAGAUUUACGUGUGCGAGUUCUGUCUGAAGUACAUGCGGAGUAAAACCGUCCUGCACAGACACAUGGCCAAGUGCGUGUGGCGGCACCCGCCUGGCGAUGAAAUUUACAGGAAAGACAAGUUAUCAGUAUGGGAAGUGGACGGCAAGAAAUACAAAACGUAUUGCCAGAAUUUGUGCCUUCUAGCGAUGCUAUUCCUCGACCACAAGACGCUCUACUUCGACGUGGAGCCGUUCUUGUUCUACAUCAUGACGCUUGGUGACCACGAGGGCUGCCAUAUCAUCGGAUACUUCAGCAAGGAGAAGAACAGCUUUCUGAACUACAACGUGUCGUGCAUCAUGACGCUGCCGCCCUACCAGCGCAAAGGCUUUGGUCGCCUUCUCAUCGACUUCAGUUACCUGCUGACGCGAGAGGAAGGCAAGAUCGGGUCGCCGGAGAAGCCUCUGAGUGACCUGGGGCUGAUCUCCUACAGGUCUUAUUGGAAAGACCUGCUACUCAACUACCUCUCCAGCUACUCCGACCCCAACAUCUCCAUCAAAGACAUGAGUGCUGAGAUGGCCGUGAACUCGUACGACAUCGUGAGUACGUUCCAGUACAUGGGCAUGAUGAAGUACUGGAAGGGGAAGCAUAUCCUCCUCAAGCGCCAGGAUCUGCUGGAGGAGUUCGUGGCGCGACGCAAGAAGCGACGUCAGGAUCACGCUGAGAUCGACGAUCGCUACCUCAACUGGCGGCCCUACGUCGUCACCCCCGACGACGCCACGCAGAGUAACUCCAAUAACGGCUCUGGUGGAGGGGGUGGAAGUGGUGGGGGUAGUGGGGGAGGAGGUGGUGCUGCUGGACCAGGUAACGGCAAGGCUUCCUCCACCAACACCAAAGACCGCAAGAAGAAGAGCAGCGCCCCUGAGUAGCGCAGCGUCUCGACCGCGUUUGCGAAUAUAUUUCGUUUACCUCAAUAUUGGGCUCUUUGCGUUUCUUUUUUAUUGACUGCAACUCAGUGAACUGCAGUCAAAUCUCAUUUAGCUUCAAGUUUAAUGCCGUUUGCUAACGGUGUACCUUGUUCGUAGAUUUCAGAAAAUGAAAACUAAUGAUGCUCGUUAUAUAUAACUUAGUGCAGUACUACUCAUAGCAAUCAAGCCUGUGUAUAAUUAUACUUAAAAUAUAUCGUAAGAACAUGUGUGUGCGUUACUCAUUGGAUAAAUUAUGUUUACUGGUAGUCGUUGCUUGCUCGAACAAUGUAAAAUACUUUGUAUUUUGUGUGCUUUGUUCUUGGAGCUUUGCAUACUCUUGAGCGCGGCUCGCAGCGUCCAGGAGCCGUUCUCUGUAAUCUUGCUGAAGUAAUCUUGUGGCCUAAGUGCAACAAUCACGCCGAUUCCUCGUCUGUGAUUGGUGGGUUUAGCUUGAAAAUACAUCAGGGAUUGCGCCAUUGGCUGAUGAAGUUACGAACUCAUAAUUAUUUUUGAUAGUACUUGCCAAUCAAUGUGAGUAUUGAAAUUAA